AUGGACGACAACGACGACGACGAUCUGGACGAUGUGUAUGAUCCGGAUCAACCUCUGGAAGAAAGACGGAAGGUCCAGCAGGGUUUCCGCGAUCUCCUCCGCGAUAUCACAGAAAACAGCGAGGAAUAUCUGCAGGGCGAUUCUCACGGCUUACACGAGACUAUCUUACGGGCCAAUGAACUGUCCAAGCAAGUACGGCAAACCACAGAAGCUACCAUUGAUUCACGGUUGCUUGUCAGUACGACCGACCUGUCAUACCGGAAAACAUUGCGCCUUACCCAAGGCAGCCUAUCACAGGGGAUUGACGUGGAUGACUUCAUCUCCAAGGCCAUCGCAUAUAUGCGAAAUGGUGGGGGGAUUACUAGUGAUCAAUCCUUGGAACUUUCGAGCACUCAGAGGCAGCGGAGGCGGACAAUACACGAUAGAUCAAACGACGACGAUAAUGGCGAUGUAGGAGACGAGGGAGACAUGAUGAACUGGGCUCAUCUUGGCCGUUUUGCUUGCUUGCCAUACAUCAGACGGCCUGCGCUGCCCGGCUUCCUUCUCGGCCCCUUAUCAGUGGAAAAGAAGGCACGCAAAACAGCAAAGCGAAAUGCCCCCUUUCGCCCAAAUAGUUUGACAGAGACGAGGCCCGAAAUACUCAACGUUGAUGACCUAGCCAAGAAAGAAAACGACCUUACUGUCAUAUGCGGAAAAAUUCUUCAACAGCUCUACAAGAUUCAAGCAGAUACACAGCAAACAGUGGCAGACUUGAUCACAGACGACAUGGACGAAGAGGAGAAUACCCGGAUUAUGCACCAGCAUGGGCUUCGGAGUACAGGAGGAAUCGAUUUGAUGCGAUUCGUAGUUAACCCAAAAUCUUUUGGGCAGACUAUCGAGAAUCUGUUCUACGUGAGCUUUCUUAUCCGCGAUGGGAGGGUGGAGAUUGAUUUCGACGAGCACGGUCUCCCCGCGUUAGCACCCGUAGACCGAGAGAAUGAUGACGGCGUUAUUCGUCAGGCAACAUCUAAACAUCAAGCUAUUUUAUCCAUGGAUAUGGAAACAUGGCAAGACAUAAUCGACACAAUGGGCAUAAAAGAGCCCAUGAUUGAACACCGGCGAGAAUUGGCGGUUUCUGGCCCAGGAGCUAGGGGCUGGUAUGGCUAA